UUUUUGCAUCAUUCUCAUUUCUCAUGAUAGAGUAUUAUAUAUAGGCCCAUAUUUAUUUAUGUAAUACUACGUAAAUGAAGCUAAGGGAGCGAGCAUGGAAUAUCUUCCUCUUGUGCUUUCAAACUAUUAUUCCUUGUUAUUAUUAGGCAUAGCAGGGAUUGUUUUUGCCUUCUGGGCCAUACCACCCUACACGUCAUGGCGCCGAAUGAAAUAUAAUCAUAAUAGUAAUUCUUUAGGGAAAAAGUUAUUGGAUCCGCCGGAGGUGGCGGGUGCAUGGCCGGUGUUUGGGCACCUCCGGCAGCUGAGCUCCGGCAAGCAACCACUGGUUCGAACGCUGGGAGCGAUGGCUGACGAGUACGGGCCAAUAUUCAGCAUCCGGGUCGGGAUGCAACGGGCGGUCAUCAUCAGCAGCUGGGAAACCGCCAUGGACUCUUUCUCCACUAACGACAAGCUCCUUGCCGAUCGCCCCCCUAAUUGUGCUGGUAAGUACAUUGGAUACGACUAUGCAUUAUUACAGUUCGCACUUCACGGCUCAUUCUGGCGGAGAAUGCGGAAGCUGAUGGUGGUAGAAUUGCUCUCAAACAACACUCUCGAAAAACUAAAGCCUGUUUGGAUGUCCGAAUUAGACACCAACCUCAAAGAACUCUACAAUGCCGUAGCAACAGCGGGGACAUCACAGGCAGUGAACAUAAGUGAAUGGUUCGGGCACUUGACCUUGAACUUAAUCGUCAAACUCAUCAGCGGGAGACGAUACAAGUACAACCCAAACAAGGCCGCCGCCGCUGGAGACGCUGCCGAGGAGGAGGCGCGAUGUAUCACUAAAGUAUUCAAGGAAAUGAUGUGUCUCGCCGGGGAGCUUGCUCCCGGAGAUUCAUUUUUCCCGACGGGAUUGGUCAGGUGGAUGGAUUUCGGCGGCCAAAUUGCGUCAAUGAAACGAGUCUCUAAGGCUAUGGAUGAUAUCCUGCAGAAUUGGAUAGAAGAUCAUAAACAGAGGAGGGAAUCCAACGCCGAAGGCGGUGAAGAGGUUGAUCGGGACUUCAUUGACGUCAUGCUUUCUGUAAUUGACCAGAAAUUCGAGUCCGGCGGCCAUUCUUAUUCACGGGAAACCAUCAUCAAGGCAGCAUCGCUGAGUAUGUUAGCAGAUGCAGCGGACACAUUGGGCCUGAAUAUGGAAUGGGUUUUAUCCUUACUAUUGAACAACCCGCAGGCAAUGAAGAAAGCCCAAGAAGAAAUAGACACCAUAAUCGUCGGCAACGAAAGAUGGGCUGAAGAAUCCGACAUCGGAGAAAUGGUGUAUCUCCAAGCCGCCGUCAAAGAAGCCAUGCGCUUAUACCCGGUCGCGCCUCUAUUAGUUCCCCACAGAGCCAUAGAAGACUGCACCGUCGGCGGGUACACGGUCACGAAGGGCACCGUUCUGUACGCCAACGUCUGGAAGAUACACCGGGACCCACGGGUUUGGCCGGAGCCGGAGAAAUUCUCGCCGGAGAGAUUCCUGGGGGCGGGAAGUUUGGAUGACCGAGAGACUGCUCCGGGUAGGCAUUUUGGGUUCAUUCCGUUCGGGAUCGGGAGGCGGUCGUGUCCCGGAAUGUUGUACGCGAAGAAAGUAACGCAUCUCACCGUUGCCCGUUUGCUUCAGGGGUUUGACGUCACGACUCCAGGGAAUGUUCUGGUGGACAUGGCGGAGGGGCAAGCCACCACUCUGCCUAGAGCGACUCCAUUGGAAGUGCAUAUUACUCCCCGCUUACCUUCUGCUUUUUAUCGAUUAAAAGUUUAAUAAGUGGCAAAUCGCUUCUGGUGUGUUUCAUUAUCAAGUUAUAUUUGGACGCAAGUGUGUAGCUUCUUGAAUCGGUGUGAUGGUGUGGGCACAAUCUGCCAUGUUUAUUUGCUUAUUCUUAAGAAUAAGGUGAACAACAUGACACUUCACAAAUAAAUGAUGUGUAAUACUAAGUUAUUAUCUUAUCAUUUAUUAUCAUUUAUUUAUUAUUAUUAGUGUGUAAUUUUUAAAUUGUUCAGUCACAAUGUUUUAAUUGAUUCAUAUAUGCGAUUGUUUAGACGCAAUGUUUUAAUUGAUUCAUAAAUGCAAGAUGUGGUGAUA